GCCUUAUCUCUUAAACUCUUGUUGUAAAUCUAUUUCUCUCUCUUACCUCAACCGAGGAUUCUUUUCUCACGUGGUGGUUUGAAGACGAAAAGAUUUGAAGACCGUUUGGAGAAAUCUAAAAGAAUGGAGAUAGCCCGAAGUCCAAGUGCCUGGAAGCCAGUGGGAGCUAUCGUUUUAUUUUUCUUUUAGGGGCCACAUUCAUUACACGUUUAUUUACUGCGUUUUGUGAAUGCAUGUUGAAUGUAUGUUGAACGCUAGUAAUGGACAUGUGCGCGGCCAUGUCGAUAGCCAAUUACAAGUAUGGUGAAAAGGUGUCCUGGUCCGGUUGAAGUAAUAUUGUUCGCCCAACACCAGACCAAGAGCUGAGAGCCCGGCUCAUCAGUUGGAACUAUGUUCCUACCUAAAUAGUUGUCUUGUGGAGUAACGCCCAAGCGGAACACAAGAUAAUGAAAUAUGGAUCUUGGCCCACUAGAGGUUUUGCCGGAAAUCUCCGAAUCAAUAUCGAGGGUUAUUGAUUUGUUAAAAAUAGUGGGAGAUAAUUAAUUAAAGGCCUAAUUAAUUAUUAAACAUGAUAGAUAACCUAGUUUGCAAAAUUUUCUGUAGAUGGAAAACAACAACAACCCUUUCAACCUGCGUUACAUCCUGGAAAACAACAAGUUAUCCGGGACCAACUUUCUUGACUGGGAGAUGAACCUCCGGAUCGUUCUUGACUGUGAGAGGAAACUCUACAUCUUCGAAACGGAUCCUCCCAAGACCCCUGAUGCUGAUGCUUGUGUGUUCGAACUCACUUCCUACAAGAAGUAUGAGGACGACGCGCGAGAUGUAAAGUGUAUCAUUAUGGCCAGUAUGACCGCGGAGCUCCAAAGGCUCCACGCGGACAUGGAAGUGCGUCCUAUGAUACAGUGCUUAAGAGACCUUUACCAGGGUCAGCCCCAAAACUCAGGAAUUUACGUUAUCGAAGUCAAUAUGUCUGAUAUCACCUCUUGGGUGAUGGAUACUGGAUGUGGUUCUGACAUCUGUACUUCUAUGCAGAACUUGCAUGAAUGUAGACAAUUGACGGAGGGAGAGAUACAACUAAAAGUCAGCAAUAGCGCACUCAUCUAUGCAUUGGCCGUCGAAAGCUAUAGUUUAUCUCUACCUAGUGGUCUUAUAUUGCAUUUGAAUAAUUGUCUGUUUGUACCUAGUAUGAGCAGAAACAUCAUUUCUGUAUCCUGCCUUGACAAAGCAGGAUUUUCGUUCGUUGUAAAAGACAAAACUCUUUCUGUCCUUAGAAAUGAUAUAUUUUAUGCAAGUGCAAAAAUGACCAAUGGUCUCUAUGUCCUUGACAUGGAUACCACAAUAUAUAACGUAGAUGUUAAGAGAAACAAAUCCAACAGUUUAAAUCUCGCGUACCUUUGGCAUUGUCGUUUGGGCCACAUUAACGAGAAACACAUAUCUAAGUUACAUCGUUCUGGUGUACUUGAUUCAUUUGACUUCCAGUCAUAUGAUGUAUGUAAAUCUUGUUUACUUGGUAAAAUGACAAAGGCUCCAUUCACCGGUCACGGUGAAAGGGCGAGUGACUUAUUGGGCCUCAUACACUCCGAUGUCUGUGGUCCAAUUAGCACUGUAGCUAGAGCAGCACACACACUCAACAGAGUUCCAUCUAAAGCUGUCGAGAGCACACCAUACGAACUAUGGCGUGGGAGAAAACCGAGUUUCUCGUACUUUAAGAUUUGGGGCUGUGAAGCUUAUGUAAAACGUCUCAUGACGUCUAGUAAGUUGGAGCCUAAAUCUGAUAAAGUAAUUUUUGUGGGAUACCCCAAGGAAACUAGAGGUUUAGACAUUGAGACAAAAGGAUACAGUUACACGGAGUCUGAGUCGUGGAAAGAUUUUGACGGUGCAAACGUCUUAACUUAUAAUCUGGGGGCAAUAAUGUGUUGCUAGAUACCGCUUAUUGCUUAUAGUAUUGGUGCAGAGCCAAUACUGUGGCCAGUUUUAUAAGUGCCUAUACGGGUCACACACUUUGGACAAUUUAAGGAGUAGGAUUAAACAAUGGGAUAAUAA